AUGGAUGGACACAACACAGAAGAUGUUAAUACAUUAUCUAUUGAAAUCAAAGGUAACGUUUCAGGGAUACUUGGAGAGAAUGGGACAGAAAUAGAAUGUUCAUACACAAGGGAAAACGUUCGUUCGAUUAUCAGAGUUGAUUUCAAUGCUUUCAACAGAAGUAGUGUAGCGUUUGAAACAAUAGCAGCUUAUUUGCCAGAAGAUAUUUCAACACUUCUUCCACAAGGACAAUAUUUAAAAGGAAGAGUGACACUGACGAGAAUAACACAAUCUUCAACGAAGGCAAUUAUGCUCUUCAAUAAGCUCAUGUGUAUAGAUGGCACAUUAUAUAAAUGCAAAGUUACUUAUACUGAUGAUUCUUUACUCAGUCACACGGAUACGUCAGGCAACAUGAGCAUCCAAGUAGAAGUUUCACCGUCAAAACCUGAGAUUAUUGAAUUUUUGAAUCGACCACUGACAUCAAAACCUGUUAUAACUGAGGGUUAUAACGUGACAUUUGUUUGCUCUGGUGAUGUUGGAAGACCGCCUGCGAAAUUGAUUUUCCAAAAUUAUCGACGUGAUCAUAUUUUACCCAUGAACUAUACACCCACUAGCACAUCAGUACAUGAGUUGCCUGAAAAUUGCUCAUACUAUCGUACAAGUGACAUCACAUUCAUGGUCACUUCUGAGGACAACCAGGCAGUGAUACAAUGUAUUGUAGUAUCAUCUCUUACAGAAGGGAAUAUGUAUGUAGAACUAGCGCCAUUAGAAGUGAACUCUGUCAUUGUGGUUGGUACAGUGUGUGGAUCAAUAAUAUUUGUUCUUUGUGUGAUAUUACUUGGAGUUUUACAGAACAAGAACAAAACUCUCAGUUGUUUUUUAACAAGAAACCACAAUGACAGAUCAUUAGAUUAUGUUAAUACGCCACAACAGCAAGAUCCGUCAUUGUAUGAAGGAGUUGACCAUGGUUUAGAUGUACACAACUAUGAGCAACUCGCUAGGAGGGAUCAUUUGAACAAUAAUGCUUACUUAAACAAUGAUUAA